CAUGAGGUCCUCUUGGAUACUUAUAAUACAUCUGCUGUGUCUGAAGGGCCAUCAGUGUGCACCAACGAAGCAGGAGGAAAUGAAUCUCCGGGAUAACCUCAAGCAAUUAUCUGAAGUUGGAGAGAAGUAUGUAGAUGAAGAGGUAAAGAAAGCUUUGAUUGGUAUUAAGCAGAUGAAAAUUAUGAUGGAAAGAAAUGAAGAUAAGCACAUAGAUCUGAUGAAAACCUUGAAGAAGAGCAGUGAAGAAAAACAGCAAGCCUUGCGACUUAUGGAUGAAGUAAAGGCAAGACUGGAAGAAGAGGAAAGACAAUGUCAAGUAUCCUUGAAAAAUCUAUGGGAUGAAUGUGAAUCUUGUUUAGAAAGUACCUGCAUGAGAUACUAUACAACUUGCAAACAUGGUGUGUCAACCUUUAAGAGGAAGGUUGAAGAUUUUUUGAGGAAAAUACCUCCACUCAUAUUUACUUUUCAUGAGGAUCAAGGAAGAGACAUCCAGUCCAAUGAAAAGCCUGAGAAAGAGGACACCCAGCUAGCAAAGAUGGAAGACUUAUUUAGCCAGCUAUUAUCAGACGUGGGUUCAAUAUUUGACAGAAGUUUCAUUUUUUUCAAGCAUAUGCAAAAAGAAUUUGACCAGUCUUUUCAGACAUAUUUCAUGUCUGACCUGGACUUGAGUGAGUCCCCCAGUAUGCCAGCUUUACCUGAGGUCACCACCAGAACUGACGGCUCCCAGAGAGGCUGGGGCAUGCCUGGCUUCUUACAGAUAGUUUUUGAUUUCAGUAGGACGGUGUUCGAAGGUGUCAGUGAGGUGAUCACCGACGUGUUUGAUGAAUACAGAGAUUAUAGAAGAGAUGUGCCAGAACAAACCAAAGGCAAGUGUCAAAAGAUGAAAAUUGACUGCACUGUCAAUGACAUCAACCCCCUUGGGAUGGCUAAACUACAGCAAAUUACUCAGUUUCCAGUAUGUGAGUGUGAGAUAUGUAAGCAAGCUCUGGAGGCUAUGGAAAUAGGAUAG